AUGAUAAAUCAGUUACCACUGUUGCUGUUGAUGAUAAAUCAGUUACCAGUUGUCAGUGCUUCAACAGCUGCCAGUGUCAGUGAUUCAAUAGCUGCCAGUGUCAGCGCUUCAACAGCUGCCAGUGUCAGUGCUUCAACAGCUGCCAGUGUCAGUGAUUCAACAGCUGCCAGUGUCAGUGUUUCACCAGCUGCCAGUGUCAGUAAUUCAAAAGCUGCCAGUGUCAGUGCUUCAACAGCUGCUAGUGUCAGUGCUUCACCAGCUGCCAGUGUCAGUGAUUCAACAGCUGCCAGUGUCAGUGAUUCAACAGCUGCCAGUGUCAGUGAUUCAACAGCUGCCAGUGUCAGUGAUUCAACAGCUGCCAGUGUCAGUGCUUCAACAGCUGCCAGUGUCAGUGAUUCAACAGCUGCCAGUGUCAGCGCUUCAACAGCUGCCAGUGUCAGUGCUUCAACAGCUGCCAGUGUCAGUGCUUCAACAGCUGCCAGUGUCAGUGAUUCAACAGCUGCCAGUGUCAGUGAUUCAACAGCUGCCAGUGUCAGUGCUUCAACAGCUGCCAGUGUCAGUGCUUCACCAGCUGCCAGUGUCAGUGAUUCAACAGCUGCCAGUGUUAGUGCUUCAACAGCUGCCAGUGUCAGUGCUUCACUAGCUGCCAGUGUCAGUGAUUCAACAGCUGCCAGUGUCAGUGAUUCAACAGCUGCUAGUGCCAGUGCUUCACAAGCUGCUAGUGUCAGUGCUUCAACAGCUGCCAGUGUCAGUGCUUCAACAGCUGCCAGUGUCAGUGCUUCACCAGCUGCCAGUGUCAGUGAUUCACUAGCUGCCAGUGUCAGUGCUUCAGCAGCUGCCAGUGUCAGUGAUUCAACAGCUGCCAGUGUCAGUGCUUCAACAGCUGCCAGUGUCAGUGCUUCACCAGCUGCCAGUGUCAGUGAUUCAACAGCUGCCAGUGUCAGUGAUUCAACAGCUGCCAGUGUCAGUGAUUCAACAGCUGCCAGUGUCAGUGAUUCAACAGCUGCCAGUGUUAGUGCUUCAACAGCUGCCAGUGUCAGUGCUUCACUAGCUGCCAGUGUCAGUGAUUCAACAGCUGCCAGUGUCAGUGAUUCAACAGCUGCCAGUGUCAGUGAUUCACCAGCUGCCAGUGUCAGUGAUUCAACAGCUGCCAGUGUCAGUGCUUCAACAGCUGCCAGUGUCAGUGCUUCAGCAGCUGCCAGUGUCAGUGCUUCAGCAGCUGCCAGUGUCAGUGAUUCAGCAGCUGCCAGUGUCAGUGAUUCACUAGCUGCCAGUGUCAGUGAUUCAACAGCUGCCAGUGUUAGUGCUUCAACAGCUGCCAGUGUCAGUGCUUCAACAGUAGCUAGUGGUGGUGACGCAUCAGUUGCCAGUGUUGAUGAUAGAGACAACACAACAACACAACCACAGCCAACCACUCUCUCACCAGACAACACAACACAGCCUGCUUUAAGUACAGUAGCCGUACCCAGUCCAUCAACCUCUGAUGCUAACAACACCAUCACCGUUGUAACACCUGUAAUCAACACCAUCACCAUUGUCACGCCUUUAAUCAACACCACCACCGUUGUAACACCUUUAAUCAGCACCACCACUGAAGAUAUUCCAGUUGAUAACACAGAUCAAGCGGAACUAAAGCUUUUAUUAGUCGUAAAGAUUGAUCGAGAGUUUGUGGCUGAUCUAAAUGAUACGAAUUCUGAAGUGUUUAAUGAAACAUCUGUUUUCUAUUCUCUAAAGCUAAGCCACGCCUAUGAAAAUGUCACAAAUUUCAAGACAAUUGAAAUUUUAGAUUUUCGACCAGGGAGCAUUUUGAUUGAUUACAAUGUUGUGUUGGAGGCGACGUCAUCCACCAACUUCACUAUCGACACGUCGAGACUGAGAACAGAUCUAGAUGAGGCUCGAGCAGAGCUGGAGAACAUCCCACAGAUGAACAUCACUUACCUGGAUAACACAUACGAGGGGGCUGUGGAAGCAGCUCUGACAAACGUGAGCUCCGAGCUUAAGGACGAAUGCUUCAUCUACAACAUUUGCUCAAGACAAUGCUCCAACGUCACCAACUCAACAACAUGCAGCAGGUGUGUGGAAGCUAAAGUCACGUGCCAGAAGCAGAAGACCAGCGACGAUCUAUCGACCAAUGAUAUCAUCUUCCUAGCCAUUGGCUGUGGCUGCGCAUGCGCCGUCAUCUUACUGACCAUCAUUGUGCUUUGUAAAAUAAGGAGAGAUACGAUUCGGUCGAAGAAAGGGUUAGAUGACAUGGACGGCAAAGUAGAUGACUUAGAGGGGAAACUAGAUGACUUAGAGAGAAAGUCAGACAAACAGGAGUCAACCGAACAUCAGGCCAUGGCUUAUAAAUCUUCCAGCAGGUCCGCUAUAAUAGACCCGGAGUUUUAUGAAGGUGCCAGGGGCAGUAAGCGAGGGGGACAGGACAACAAGGGAUACUCGCACGGAGCCAGCCAGCGGUCAGACAGGGAUGGCUGGUCCUCCCAUGGCUUGUCGGGACGGUGGGGGACAUUGAAUGAGAGGAAGGAGACCCGCCCGGCAGUCGGCACCACGCUGCGUCAUGACGACAUAGAGAUGACGUCACGGACUGGGGGGCAGGGCUGGAGAGACACCGCCUCUAGUACUAAAUCUUACAACAUUCCAAGGGUAUAUUUGAAAGAGGAUCUGCGCUAAUUCAGGAUUUUUUUCAUCUGAUUUUAGUGAUUGUAAUAAUGGUUUGCUAAUUCAACUAGUAUAUAUUUCAUGGCAGGGUAUUGUAUUUUUGGAACCCUGAAAACGUACCUUUGUCUGUAAUUAAAUACCCAUCAUAACCUGUUUUAGAACUGUAAAUUUUAAUUAAGUCAUUUUGAAUUAGCUGCUUUUCAUACAUUUAUAAAAACAUGCUGACACAUUUAUAUAUUUUAUCCUUCAACCAAUGUAGCUAGGAAAAUAAUGACAUACACAGCUAUAGUUUUCCUUACACAUUGUGUUUUAUAUACUUUGAUAUUCAAUGAGUGUGAUUGUGUAAAUUAUAUCUAAUGUAGUUGUAUGUUUGAUGCUUCAUAUAUUCAUGUAUAAACGAU